AUGGAUACCAACGGUGAAGUCACAGAGGCCCCUCAGGUCGAGAAGCCUACUACGGAGAAUGACGCCACGGUAGACAAGUCCGUCGAUGAUGUCACCGAGAUGUUCAAGGGUCUCUCGAAAAAGAAGAAGUCCAAGAAGCCCAAGGAGUCCGAGGGCGGAGAAGGCGACGAGGCCAGCCCCGCCGCCGACGGCGAGUUCGACCCCACGGCCCUGAAGAAGAAGAAGAAGAAGCCCAAGAAGGACGCCGGUGAUUUCGAGGCCAAGCUGGCCGAGGCCGGCGCCACCGAGAAGGCCGGCGAGGAGAAGGAGGAGGAGGUGCCCGAGGGCGACCUUGAGGCCGGAACGGGCAUCUGGGCCCACGACGCAUCGCAAGCCAUCCCCUACUCGCUGCUGGUCUCGCGAUUCUUCUCCCUCAUCCAGAGCCACCACCCCGAUCUGUUGUCGAGCGGCGCCAAGUCCUACAAGAUCCCCCCGCCCCAGUGUCUGCGUGAAGGUAACCGUCGUACCAUUUUCGCCAACAUCUCCGAUAUCUGCAAGCGUAUGAAGCGUUCCGACGACCACGUCAUGCAGUUCUUGUUCGCCGAAUUGGGUACCAGUGGCAGUGUGGACGGUAGCCGACGUCUGGUUAUCAAGGGUCGUUUCCAGCAGAAGCAGAUUGAGAACGUUCUUAGACGGUACAUCGUCGAAUACGUCACCUGCAAGACCUGCCGCAGCCCCGACACCGAACUCAACAAGGGUGAGAACCGUCUGUACUUCGUUACCUGCAACUCGUGCGGAUCUCGUCGUUCCGUCGCCGCCAUCAAGACCGGUUUCCGUGGACAGGUCGGCCGCAGAAAGAGACAGGGUUAA